AUGCACGGGAAAGCAUCCAAAGGCUUGGUGUGGCUUCGCUACACCAUGUUCUAUCCGCUCUACCCCAUCGGUAUCGGAGCUGAGUGGUGGCUACUAUACCGGGCUAUUGCUCCAGGAGCGAAGCUCAGCCCGGUGAUACCACCAAUCUUUUACUUCUGCUUGUUGCUCUACAUUCCAGGCUCUUACACAAUGUACACGUACAUGAUCAAGCAAAGAAGGAAGACACUCAAUACAGCACGCAAGACUCAGUAA